AUGGCUACCGCAGUACUCUAUUUGCUCUGUGGCGUGUUCGUCCUCGCAGCUGGUGAGGACUGUGUGUUUGAUAAGAAUGCCGAUUUCCCGAAGAUUUCGCCUCUCAUCAUGGACUCGGGGCUGAAGUUCGUGCUCCCAGCCAAGGAAAACGACUCGGUUCUAAUCAGGAUACCCACCGGUACUGCCCUGACCUUAGCGUGCCCCGGGAGUUCGAUUAAGGGUCAAGACACGAAGGAGUCUGUGUCAGCCACGUGUGUUGGAGGAAAUGUGCUCUCAGUCGAUGGAAAAGAAAAAAAGCUUUCGGAUCUCGGGUGCAAAAAGAAGCCAAAGUCGACGAUUCUCAGCCGCCUUGACUUCUGUGGCGCCGACGCUGCUGGUGUCCUGGCCAGCGUCGGCUUCCAGUUUGGCGAAGACGAGUUCCAUGAAGUGAUCAGUGUUUGCUACGAAGGAAACAACGAGACGACGCUGUAUUCGAAGCACACGAUCCACGGAGCAAACAUCGAUGCCAAGGAUGUCGACCCUAAGAGGCCCUCCUUCAAGACGUCUAAAGGCUUCUUCAACGUCUCCAUGAAAACUUGCUACGAGAAGAAGAAUCAGCGACAGUUAUUGCAAGAUCUCCUCCAAGAUAAUAGCCUGGCGGAGACCUACUUCUUCCCCAAGAAACAAUACUACUUCGCCAAGGGACACCUGGCUCCUGACGCCGACUUCGUGACGGAGGCGGAGCAGGACGCGACCUACUACUACAUCAACGCCGUCCCUCAGUGGCAGGCCUUCAAUAACGGGAACUGGAAGUACCUGGAGAUGGCAACGCGCACCUUAGCCGAGUACCUAGGGACGGACCUGGAGAUCUACACCGGAGCUUGGGGCGUCCUCGAGUUAGACAACGUAAAAGCUAAGCCCGUGGAGGUGUACCUUGGGCUGACCGUGCAGGAGCGUGUUGUCCCCGCCCCGGCCGUCACCUGGAAGGUUAUCCACGACAAGAAAAACUCCCGAGCCGCGGCCGUCGUGGGCGUGAACAACCCACACAUCACCAGCCCGCCCACGCCGCUGUGUUCGGAUCUGUGCAGCUCUCUCCCCUGGAUCGACUUCGACGUGCAUGACCUCGGCCACGGGUACACCUACUGCUGCACCGUCGAGGACCUGAGGGCGUCCAUUCCUCACGUGCCAGACCUCGGGGACGUCUCUCUGCUUGACGUCAGCCUCGGGAGCAGCGGGGGCGGAUGCUAGGGUCGAGGAUGACGCUGUUAUCGCUAUCUUUGUCUCCCUUUUUCCUGUCUGUUGGAAAGAGACUGGAAUAAAUUUG